CGAGCCCGUUCGGAACGCGAUGUUUCCACCCGCGCGGGGCUCCGGGGCCGGCGGUGCGGGUGACACAGCGAGAGGCCGCGGAUCGCUGCCCGGAGCCGCCGCACGCCGGCAGCCGCCUCGGGGUACGGGCUCCGCGGGGAGCCGCCCGCGGCGGGAGGAUGUCCGUGGCGGGGCUCAAGAAGCAGUUUCACAAAGCCAGCCAGCUGUUCAGUGAGAAGAUAAGUGGAGCAGAAGGAACGAAAUUAGAUGAAGAAUUUCAAGAGAUGGAAAGGAAAAUUGAUGUUACAAACAAAGCUGUGGCAGAGCUUCUGUCAAAAUCCACAGAAUAUCUUCAGCCAAAUCCAGCAUACAGAGCCAAGCUGGGAAUGCUGAACACUAUGUCAAAGAUAAGAGGACAAGUUAAAACUACAGGCUAUCCUCAGACAGAAGGACUCCUAGGAGACUGCAUGAUACGGUAUGGCAGAGAGCUUGGCGAUGAUUCUAUGUUUGGCCUUGCGCUGCUGGAUGCUGGUGAAAGCAUGAAGCAAAUGGCAGAGGUGAAGGACUCGCUUGAUAUUAAUGUCAAACAAAAUUUCAUUGAUCCCCUACAGUUACUGCAGGACAAAGAUUUAAAAGAGAUUGGGCAUCAUUUGAAGAAACUAGAAGGACGGCGUUUGGAUUAUGAUUAUAAAAAGAAACGUCUUGGAAAGAUACCAGAUGAAGAAGUUAAACAAGCUGUAGAAAAAUUUGAGGAGUCAAAGGAACUAGCUGAAAGAAGCAUGUUCAAUUUCUUAGAAAAUGAUGUAGAGCAAGUUAGCCAGUUGGCUGUGUUUGUAGAAGCAGCACUAGAUUACCACAAACAAUCUACAGAAAUAUUGGAGGAUCUGCAGAGCAAACUGCAAAACCGAAUAAAUGUAGCAUCUAGUCGGCCUAAACGUGAAUUUAAGCCCAAACCUGUAAUAACUACAACUCUGGAAACUGGUGAUAAUCAGCAGCACAAUGGGAUUGCUUAUAGCUCUUCUAUAAAGUCAUCAGGUUCUUCAAUGCACGUGGAUCAGCCUUGCUGCCAAGCUCUCUAUGACUUUGAACCAGAAAAUGAAGGCGAGCUUGGGUUUAAGGAAGGGGACAUCAUAACUUUGACCAAUCAGAUUGAUGAGAAUUGGUAUGAAGGGAUGUUAAAUGGAGAGUCUGGCUUCUUCCCAAUUAAUUAUGUUGAAGUGAUGGUACCCUUGCCUCAGUGAUUGUGUCAUUCAAGCUGUGAACAUGAUUUCAUGACUGAAAUGGAUUCACAAAUGUUGUCAGUGUGGCAUUCUGUGAAAGCCUUGCUAUUUGACUGACUUACUGACUUUUGUAUGCGUCUUUUUAAAAUGUAUUUAUUUUAUAUUCCAAAAAAUUUUACCUUCCCUGACACCAUCAACCUGCAAAAAAACCCAUACCCAGUUUUUUUGCUUUGUGCCUUGAAGAUCACUGUAUGAAGUGUUUACUGGUAGCUCACUGUUGCUCCCAAAAUGCAUUUAUUUGCUAAUAUUGUACAUGGUUUUGUUUCUUCCUUUUUUUAAAAAAAAAAAGUCUUUUGUUGCAAUGAUUUUACUAUUAAAAACAAUUUUUAAAAAUACUGUAAGUGAAGCUAACUGCAAUGAGUUCCUAAGUUACUGAUAUCAUUGAGCCCUUUCCAUCUAUCACACUGUAAUUUAUUGUGAACAAGUUAAUCCAUGUUUCACAUUGUAUGUUGACAAAAGGCAAAGUGAUUGUUGUCAAUAUUACGAUGUUGUUGUACUAAGUACAAGUUCUCAGAAUUGAAGAUUCCUAUAAUUUGCUGACCAAACUUAAUAAAUAUGUCAGUGGGAUAAGAGUGGUUGCCACUUCUAUUCCUGUAGCUCUGGCUUUUAUUUUUGUGUUGGAGGGUCACUCUUGCUAGAUAAAUCAUUUCAAUGGGGGGGAGGAGGGAAGAACAUCAAAAAUACCCUAAACUAUUAGUUUUAUGGCACCUCAGCAACUGGAAUUGUAAUAAUCUUGCUCUCCUGUCACAGGCUGUGUAACACUCAUAAUAUCUAUUAACAUUUUCUUAUAGCAGGAGAAUAGGAGUCCUUUGAACCAAGUGUGAACUGAUUGUAGCUCCACUGCUUGCAUAGACCUCCAUUGAGAUAAAUGGGUGAGUAUCACUGGUCAUGGUUGCAAACAGAUGAAAAGUUAGCAACACUUCUGCUAUUGUCUGUUUCUUUAAAGGAUGGAGAAUGAUGAAAAGUGGCAGAGGUAAAAAGACAAAUGUUGUAACUGAAACAUGCAAAAAAGGCCUCAAAAUGAAGGACAGACUCAGGCUUAAGCACUGUCAAAGUGAAUAUAGAGUUAAUUAUUCUUCUGUUAGCCUUUUCCUGCUUCUCAGGAAAUGUGGAUGUAGUAAUGACUGAAAAAUUCAGCAUCCUGAGACAGACGUGAUCUUUUUCCAACCUUGUCCAAUACUCUAUGGUCAAGAUAGGGGAAUGAAAAAAAGGAAAGUGAACUCUUCAUAGACAAAAGGGCUUGAAUCCAGUUUCAGUGUUUUAAGCUCUGCUUGGUUCUGUAGUCCAGAAGCAGUGUUCCUUAGAGAGGAAAGAAUUUCACGUGUACCAUGUGUGCAGUAACUAUUUCAUAUGAGAAACACAAAUAGCUUGUAACCAGCUAUCCAAACCAUGCCUUUCCAGUUUCUCCUAUCUCUGACCUUGGCUGAUACAGUGGUGACAAGGGAAGUAAAGGACUGUUCUUUAAAGCUUUGGCUACAGUUGGCUAAUUACUAGCAAAUAACUCCAGAAAGGCAGAGAUGUAUUAGGUGUUUUCCAAGUUCACGAGUAACUAGUAGUUAUUAGAGCAGCAAUACAGAAAGUAACCUGGCCCAACCUAGUUCUUAAACAAAAGUAGCUGUGAUGGUCUGAGUACAAAAUGUUUGGACUUUUAAAGUAUUUAAGAUUCACAGCUUAUCAGCUAAAUACCAAACAACUCAGUGUACAGCUGUUCUACUUUGUGCUUUGGGGUUGGAGCAGUGACAGGACUGUUGCUUGAGUGCACACAGCCAAGAAGUAAAGCUGUUAUGAACUAAAGUUCACCACCUGCAUUUUGCUUUGGCAAAUAAGCAGUAGCCAGGGAGAAGAAUGAUUAACAAAACGGCUUGAUCUUCUGAAGCUGGUAAUGACAUUACUUAGAAGGUGCCUUGGGUAGAACAGCCUUGUCACUGGAAUAAAAUCAGAAAUCUAAGCAUGGAGGAAACAUGAAGCAUAGCUACAUCUGGCAUGCACUGCAGCAGUCUGUGGCUCCCUAUUGAGCACCCUGCAACUGCAUCCUAAUGAGCAUUAGGGUUUCUGACACCAACUCUAGCUAUUUCAUAUCAAGACCCAUGCAGUGGUUGUUGCUUCAUACCAUCUUUACCUUGUCUAGAGUUGUCAUGUAAAGUACUGAGUGCUACUCUUAAAUGAAAUUCAUUACAAUUCAGCUUUAUUUGAAGAACUGAGUGAUGGAUGCAAACAGCACAAUAUUGUGGAGGGGUGGAGGUUUCUUAAAGCUCUACAGGGAGUUGUAUUACUCCAAAUCAUUUGAGCUACUCAAAAAAAAACCAUCAAUAAACCAACUUUUAUUUAAUUUACCUAUAAAUAUCUUAGAUUUUAAUAUUUGUUCAUGAAAAAUCUUUAACAAUAAAAAGUUCAACAUAAAGAUAAAUAUAGAAAGAUAUAGCAACAUUUAUUUCUCUAUGGAGCAAAAGGUAUAACAGGAGUUCAAAACUGAUAAAAUGUAUUAAAUCAGCAUUAGUUUUCAUCUUUUUAAAGACCUAAACAGCUUAAUUUAAGAACAUUAAGCUAGUGUAAGAAAAUCCUCAUAUUAAUAACUGCAUCCAACUAUAGAACAGAUCUCAAAACUCAGAACUUAAUAUUUUGGUAAGAUAACAGAUGCAGACAAAAAAGCCAGCACUGACUGAUCUGCAACAUCAGCUGCUUAUGCUCUUAAAGAGAAGAGGACCUGCAAGGCUCAUUGAGGUUCUUUCUUUGCCAUAUAACCACCAGGUAAGCAUUUU